UCUCCUCGGCCCUCAGAGGGGCCGUGGCGUAAGGGACGAGGGGAAGCGCGGCUCCGCGCCUGGGGAGCACCAUGAGCUCCGCCGAAAUUAAGAAGCCACCAGUGGCCCCCAAACCAAAAUUUGUCCUAGGACACAAGGCAGCGCCUCCACCUGUCGCACCGAAGCCUGAUAUUGUACUUUCUGGUGGGAUACAAGCAGCAAGGAAAACCAAGCCAGCAAUUGCACCGAAACCAAAGGUUCUCAAGAGCUCCUCCAUCCCUGAAGUUAAACCUCCAUCGUCUACACGAAAAAGCACAAAAAGCUUUGAGGAGCACAGGGAAGAUCCUUCUCAAACUCUAGAUCAUUUGAACUAUAAAAAUGAAACCUCAGAAGGGAGUACUGGAAACACAGCAUAUAUUCUACCUGUGUCACCUUGCAAAUUUGAAUGUCUUCAUAAACUUGGAAAUGGAGAGAACACCUGUAAAACUCAGAUCAUUCUCGAGCACUUUGACACCUUAGAAAACAUCAAGCUUGGUGAAAGAAAUGCACUGUCUCUGGGGGAUAGUCACAAUGAAAAAUUGGCAAGUAGAAGUCAGGUGGUUUUGAAAGCCAGCAUUUUGGAAGAGAAACUUAAGGAUGUCCUAACUCAUGGUGUGUUUCCUAACAGCAGUCCUGUGAGACACAGGUAUGCCGACAAAUUUGACAAAGGGAAUGGCAGCAGUUCCAGGAAUGAUGUUAAAAUAGAGUUUAUGGAACUUGUACAAUCUUCGUCAUCUUCUGAGGUUGUUAAAGGGAAGCAACAAAACGCUGAUGGUAAGAUUAUUGCUGAUGAGUUUCAGAUGUCUGAAGUUUGUCCUAGUUUGAUUGAAAAUAAUCACAGUUGUUCUUCCUCAUUGGACAAGGAAACUCUAGAGAUUGAAAAUUUAAGUAGCAAUAGGAUGUUUUCAGGUGAAGUAGGGAUGAAAGCAGAUGCUGAUAAAGCCUCCCUUGAAACAUCUUCAGUCCUGAGCUCCAAAGUGCUUCCUGUCCCUAAGCCAAGAAAGCCACGUGCUGCCUGUCUAGUCCGUCAGGAUGGCAUAGACAGCACAGGAGAAGGAACAAAGGAACCAUCUAAUUCAGAGAAAGAUUCUCAUGGUGUUGUGGACCAAAGCUUGAAAAAGCCAGCAAGAAUUAAUGUCCUUGGUCAAAGUGUUUGUUAUAAUAAUAAUGCAGAAGUGUUUCAUCCUGAAAAAUGUGAGGUAACUCAAAGCAAUGCAGAAAAAAUGUCUCAGGUAAAGGAGCCUGCUGUGAAAGAGUCAGCUUCACAAAAUCUUUUGCCUCAGUUUCCACACGGAAGUCCUGAUUUGGGGAGACAUGUUGAAUCUUCUUUAAAUGCAGACCAUAACUUCGUGGAUGAGACAACAGAUGACACCAGUAUACCAGAUGCUGUGGACAAAAGGACUGACUUUGUCAGGUGUAAUACCCUGUCCAUGAGUUUGCCAAAGCAGGUCAAAUUGGCAAGCAGUCAGCACUCACUUGCUGCCAACAGCCUCCAUGUUUCCCCACAAAACUUGGAAAAUAAAGAACUUAAAAUAAAGGAUGAGAGUUCCCCAAAAGUUAUUCCUAAGAAGCCACAGAGACAUGGCCUUCCAGCUGCUGGCCUGCUGAAAAAAGCUGCGUCAGCAGAGCUUGUGGACAAAAGUUCUUACACCUCCAGUGAAGACAAAUCAAGCAGCCUUUUAGAAGGAUCUCACUUUGCACAUCCACGAGCCAAGGAGCAGGAUGCACUUUUGUCUUAUGACAUACCCAAACGUUCUUCUGAAAAACCCAUCUGGAAGUUACCUCAUCCUAUUCUUCCCUUUUCAGGAAAUUCUGAAUCAUUAAAAACUGCCGCCAGUUUCAGCCACCUGACUGUUGUGACAAAGCCUAGGGCCAAGUCUCUCUCUGCUGUGGACAUGGACAGGACAGACAAGCCCUGCAAAGACCAUCACAAGAAAAAUAGUUUGAAAAAGCUUCUGAACAUGAAAUUGUCGGUUUGCUUAAAGAAAAGUGACUUCCAAAAAUUUCUGUCUAAAGGCAGCCAGUCAGUGGAGAGUGCUAUUGCCAACCUUUCCAAUGGGAAUGGGUAUGGAAAUAACAGCAGUCAUGUAGGGUCUGUAGGCAGUGAAAGGAAAGCUAAAUCUGCCAAGGCACAUUCCGUAGAAAUAAGUAGUCCGGCAUUACAGAAGAAAAGGCAGAGAAACAGAAGUCAGCCUGAGAUGCGAAAUAACCAAAGGCUGGAGUCUUUAGAAAGACAUGGACUUUUGGGAGAGAAUUUGUCCCAAAUGCCUUUGAAUUCUGUAACCAGCACUUGUGAUCCAGAGUACGAGAAUGUGCGUCACUAUGAGGAAAUACCCGAGUAUGAGAACUUGCCUUUUGCUAUGGGUGCUAGGAGAAAUCUCUGCUCGGAAUGGCAGAACUCCAGCAGCAUGGAAGACCAGAGCACUGACUUCUAUGAAGUUGAGGAGCCUUGUGAAGCUACAAGCCGGCGUUGGAGACUGGACAGGUCCUUAGAAGAACACCAUGAUCAUCCCGAUGUGGUAAUGGGAGAUCUUCAGUCAGAUGAGGAAGAUAUCAUGAACAGUUCUGAUGAAGAUGAUGACACAAAUUCUGAUUCCAGUAAAGGGGAGACUGAUCCUCAAGAAGAUAAACAGGGUAAGGCAGCUGGAAAGAAAACAAAGGUUUACCACAUUGCCAAGGAGAUCAUGAGCUCAGAGAAGGUGUUUGUGGAUGUGCUAAAGCUCUUACACAUUGAUUUCAGGGAUGCUGUGGCUCAUGCCUCCAGGCAGCUUGGGAAGCCAGUGAUUGAGGACAGAAUCCUGAACCAGAUCCUCUACUACCUACCUCAGCUCUAUGAACUCAAUCGGGACCUCCUGAGGGAAUUGGAGGAGCGAUUAUCUCACUGGCUUGAGCAUCAAAGAAUUGCUGACAUAUUUGUUAAAAAGGGUCCCUACCUAAAGAUGUAUUCAACUUACAUCAAAGAAUUUGAUAAAAAUGUUGCAUUAUUAGAUGAACAGUGUAAGAAGAAUGCAGGAUUUGCAUCAGUAGUCAAAGACUUCGAGAUGAGCCCCCGCUGUGCUAGUCUGGCCCUCAAGCACUAUCUGCUCAAGCCAGUUCAGAGGAUUCCCCAGUACAGGCUUCUGUUGACAGAUUAUUUAAAGAAUCUUUUAGAAGAAUCUGCAGACUAUAGGGAUACUCAAGAUGCUUUAGCUGUUGUUAUAGAAGUUGCAAACCAUGCCAAUGACAUUAUGAAGCAGGGAGAUAACUUUCAGAAGCUCAUGCAGAUCCAAUACAGUUUAAAUGGACACCAUGAGAUCGUCCAGCCAGGAAGGGUCUUUUUGAAAGAGGGAACACUGAUGAAGCUAUCACGAAAGGUCAUGCAGCCAAGAAUGUUUUUUCUGUUCAAUGAUGCCCUGUUGUAUACUACUCCAGUUCAGUCAGGGAUGUAUAAACUCAACAACAUGCUGUCAUUGGCUGGAAUGAAGGUUAAGAAGCCAACGCAGGAAGCAUAUCAGAAUGAACUGAACAUUGAAAGCGUAGAGAGAUCCUUCAUUCUUUCAGCAAGUUCUGCUAAAGAAAGAGAUGAGUGGUUAGAAGCUAUCUCCAAGUCAAUUGAAGAAUAUACGAAAAAGAGAAUCACAUUUAAUCCAAGCAAAAGUCUUGAAGAGGCAGAUGCAGAGAAGCAGGAAGAAGACAGUCCUCUGGGAUCAAAGGCUCCCAUCUGGAUCCCUGACACCAGAGCCACGAUGUGCAUGAUCUGUACCAGUGAAUUCACGCUGACAUGGAGAAGGCACCACUGCAGGGCAUGCGGGAAGAUUGUCUGUCAAGCUUGUUCAUCAAACAAACAUGGCUUAGACUAUAUGAAAAACCAGCCAGCUAGAGUAUGUGAUCAUUGCUUCAGGGAGCUACAAAAGCAAGAUAACCAGUGCACUCCUAAGAGCGGAUCCCCAGUCAACCAUAAAUCUCCAUCAAGUGCCUUGUCUACAGUAUUGCAAAGUAUUCCCUCUGGAAGAAAGCAGAAAAAAAUUCCUGCAGCCCUCAAAGAAGUUUCAGCAAAUACAGAAGACUCUACAAUGAGUGGCUACCUACACAGAUCUAAGGGCAGUAAGAAACCAUGGAAACACCUGUGGUUUGUUAUAAAAAAUAAGGUGCUAUACACAUAUGCUGCUAGUGAGGAUGUGGCAGCAUUAGAGAGCCAGCCUUUACUUGGAUUCACAGUCAGUGAAGUAAAAGGUGAAAACUCAGAGUCCAGAGUGUUCCAUUUACUGCACAAAAACACUUUAUUUUACAUAUUCAAGGCAGAUGAUCCCCAUUCAGCUCAAAAGUGGAUAGAAGCUUUUCAAGAGGGCACUGUAUUAUAGCAGUGUCAUCAUUGUGUCUGCAAGUUUUAAGGAAAAUAUCUAAGGAUGGUGAUAAAACAGACCACAGCAACUGUUCAAAGAAACAGAAUCCUGCCAUCACAACCUAUAUAAAAUUGUAUAUUUGUCAGGAUUAGGAGUUGUUGCAUUUUUAGUGUAAAAUAAUAUUUUUCUAAAGAAUUGUAUGUAUUUCUGUGUUGAUACAAAAUGUGUUAUUUAUUAAAUUCCAGUGUUUACUUAAAUGGGCAGAAUUAUUUGUGCAUUGAAGUCCAAAGUGUCCUCAGAGUGGCAGAUUGUUGGUCAACAGGUUAUAAACUUUAUGCUUUAUUAAAAAAACAGAACAAACCCACAAA